UUCAAAGUUCACUUCUCUCUCUCCGUUCUGAGGAGGCUGUCAUGUUGCCAAAAGCAGCUCAUUUUUCAUUGUUUGUUUGGCCCUUGAAUUCGAGGCUUGUUUGAAAUGAUUUUUAAGAGUUAGACCGCGUGUCUUCUUCACGGUUAACCCGACAGAAACCUUGUAGCGGGACUGGAGGCUCCUCGAACAUGCCCGACAUGAAGCCCGACGUUAAGAUAGUUCUGCUGGGCGACAUGAACGUGGGGAAGACGUCUCUGCUGCACAGAUACAUGGAGAGGAAGUUCAAAGACACGGUCAGCACCGUCGGAGGGGCCUUUUACCUCAAACAGUGGGGGCCUUACAACAUCUCAGUCUGGGACACAGCAGGCCGGGAACAGUUCCACGGUUUGGGCUCCAUGUACUGCCGAGGUGCAGCCGCCGUCGUCCUCACCUACGACGUCACAAGUUGGCAGAGCCUUGGUGAGCUGGAGGAGCGCUUCCUGUCCCUGACGGACACUGCUAACCACGACUGCAUCUACGCUUUAGUGGGCAACAAGGCGGAUCUCACUGAUCCUAAGGCCCAGCUGUUACAGAACUCUGACAAACCCGAUCGAACCGACGGCGACGAAGAUGGGACAGAGCCGCAGGUGUCUCCUUCCUGCACCACACCUACAGCCUCCCCCGCAUUCCUCUCCGGCUCUGUGCUUCGUAAGCAGGUGACGCGCGAGGACGCCAUGGCUCUUUACGGGAGGAUCCUGCGUUACAAAGGUCUGGACGAGACGAGCGGACUUCCAGCAGACAAGAUGUGCUUCGAGACGAGCGCCAAGACCGGCUUCAACGUGGACGCUCUGUUCGAGACGCUGUUCGAGCUGGUGCUGCCGUCCAUCCUGAGGAAGAGGAACGAGGAUAAGGUGUCUCCAACGGUGAAUCUGGAAGAGUCUGGGGGUGUCGUCGGCAAGCGGGUCAAAUCUCGCUGCUGUUAGGAACCAAAACAGGAGCCAGGAGGCGUCCACCUGCAGACUCUUUUUUUAAUCAGUCCACAUGUUGGUGUGAGCAUCUGAUUCAAACUGUGAUGGUAUAAAUGUUUCGCCUUAACUGAGACUCAUGAGAAAACACGCACACACAUUCUUAAUGCUGUGAAGAUUGUCAGGAAGAGCAAAUGUAGACAAAGAAAUUUAGCAUUUUGCUUUACGAGGAAGGAAAAUCUGUAAAACCUUCCAUAUUAAUGACUGAAACUGCGUCUGCGUGUUCCAAAGAUGUUGGAAAGUAAAAAAAAAAAACUGAUUUAAAGGAAAUAAACAGACAAUCACUGCUCUUUGUGAAUGUUUCCUCGUAAUUUCACUAAUGUAACU